AUGGCCUCCUCCGCGAACACCAUCUUCCGCGCCUCGCGCCCCCUCUUCCGUCAGGCUACCCUCGCCGCGCCCGCUCGACAGGCUUUCCGUCAGCAAACAUUCCGACAGAACUUCUACCAGGGCAGCGGCCGUCGAUGGCAGAGCACCGAUGGCGCUCAGCAGCAGCAGCAGAGCUGGUUCAAGCGCAUGAUGGAGAGCGAGGUCGGCUUCAAGACUGUGCAUUUCUGGGCUCCUGUCAUGAAGUGGGCUCUUGUCCUUGCCGGUAUCUCCGACUUCGCUCGUCCCGCCGAGAAGCUCUCCUUCACCCAGAACCUCGCUCUCACCUGCACCGGUAUCAUCUGGACUCGAUGGUGCCUCAUCAUCAAGCCUAAGAACUACCUCCUGGCCGCUGUCAACUUCUUCCUCGGAAUGGUCGGACUCGUCCAGAUCACCCGAAUCCUCAGCUACGAGUCAGCAAAGAAGAAGAGCCUUGAGGGUGUCGUCGAGGACAUCAAGGCCGACGCCAAGGAGACCAUCCAGGAGGCCAAGCCUUAA